CAAAACAUUCUGUAUUGGACUUUCUAUAAAAAGAAUAACGCUCUAUUAUAAAUUCAAAUAAAUGGCUGACAACUCGCAAUUUGAUAACGAAAAUGAUGUCCAAACAUUCUCAGAGAUCACUAAUGUCUCUAAAGAGGAGGCUUCUAGACUUUUAGAAGCAUACGGCGGUGACCUACAGGCUGCUCUCGAUGGAUUUUGUAAUAUGGAAGAAGAUGAAUCAGGAGAAGAAUUUAGAAAUAUUGCAAGUGCAGGAAAUGAUCCACCUGUUCGAAUAGAGCCAGUAAAAGAGCCGGAAAAAAUUAAAAAUCCACCUAAGCCAACUAGCCGUUUUGGAUCUAUUUCUGCUCUAAGAAAUCAAGAGGCUAAUUCUUCCGAUAGCGGUGAAGAAGAAGGAGAGGCUUAUUAUGCCGGAGGCUCAGAGAGAGGGACUGGACAACAAGUACUUGGUCCACCUAAAAAAAAAGACUUGGUUAAGAAUAUCUUCAAAAGUGCUCGAGAACACGGCGCGGUCGAAGUUACUGAUAGUGCACCUACGGCCAGUGGCUCGUCUGCCUUUCAUGGAACAGGCUACAGGUUAGGUCAGUCGGAAACUGAGCAGUCGGAAGUUGUUCGAGGGCGUAGAAUGAAAAAGAACAUGAAAGUUAUAUUGAAAAUGUACAAAAAUGGAUUUAUAGUUGGAGAUGAUGACGAAUUGAGGCCAUUUACCAAUCCUGAGAACGCAAAAUUUCUACGUGAUAUAUCCAGUGGACAUAUCCCUCAAGAAUUAAUAAACAAAGCAGAAGGUGGCGAAGUUUUCCUCGAUAUGGAAGAUCACAGAGAAGAAGAAUACGUUUCCAAAAAGAAAACAGUUAAAGCAUUUACUGGUUAUGGUCAAGCUUUAGGAGGUGAAGUGUCUGCACCCGAAGCUGCUUCUAGUAAUAUAGGUUCAUCCGUCGAUUCAGUCAGAAAGCCCGAAGUAGAUCCGUCAAAGCCAACGACUAAUAUUCAAAUACGUCUAGCAAAUGGUUCACGACUGAUUGCUAAACUAAAUACCAGUCAUACAGUCGGGGAUUUAAAAGAUUUCGUUCGAUCUGAAAGACAGGAAUAUGCAGAAGCAAAUUUCGUUCUAAUGACAACUUUUCCGAACAAAGUCUACUCAGAGGAAGAUAAGACUCUUGAAGAAGCUGGCCUUCUUGGGUCGGCAAUGACUCAAAGGCUUCAGUAAAAUCGAUGAGAAUGCUUGAAUAUGGAACUCUACGAUAUUUUCUCGACUAUUCUAAAUUACAUUUGUGUUUCAUUUUACUCCUUAAGUGUGCAAGAAGUAUAUUUUUCAUUACAAUUUCGAGUAGAAUAAACAAAAUAUUCCUAUAAAAAUCAACCCUUUUUUUUCUAAUCCAAACUUUAGAAAUCUAUAAGUUUUCAAAUAUUUGGUAAAAUAGGAAUUGGCUCUGAAUAAACUGGUAGAAAAUAG